AUGGAUCCUGCAGAACUAACUGAAAGACCGACCGAAAGAAUCGGUAGUAGUGCAGCUAGAGCAGAUGAUGAUGAUGAUGAUGAUGCAAAGAUAGUUACUAACUACAACUACUUCACACUAAUGCCCCGCGCCACUCCAGUGCCCCAAUUUUUGAUCUGGUGGAUUGGUCACGUUUUCCCAGGUGACCCCAGAUCUUCAACGCCCGGCCAAGUUUGUACAGCACAAUUAUUGAUCGCCCUACCCGCCAUGUUGCAAAGGGCUGCAGCGAACAUUCCGGAAAGUUGCCCCGAAUGGACAAGCGGGGAGGAACUGGAGGCGGUGGUUCCAUGGAAGACGAUGAGCUGUGACCGCAGAUUCGUUGCUGGCGGGUUCCUUAUCGGGCCCAGGGCAACGUUAGAGGCCCAGUCUUCGGUCACAUUAAAAUUGAGAUGGAUCGGCAAGAAAACCGGCCAGGUGGUUGGUCAGGUGAAACGACCUCAAAAAGGUGAAGAAGAUUAG